GAUGUUCGUCCGUGUCAGUCAAAUACAUGAUUAUGUGGCACAAAUAACGCUUUAUUGCAAUAUAUUUUGACUUGUAUGUAGCAACAUCUCAGCUCAUCGUAAAAUGUCAAUCGUGCAAGCUACGAAGAUCAUCUCCGGUCGUUGUUUGAUGUCAUGUUUUGGUCGUGUCGUCAGUUCGCCACCGAUCAAACGAAACAAGUCAGGAUCGACGGCUGUUGACACGGUAACAGAAAGCAGUCUAUUCACAGAGGACCAUUCACAGCUCAAAAGCGCACUGAAUAAGUUAAUAGAGAAAGAAAUCAAUCCCUAUGUAGACCAGUGGGAGGCAGAUCAUCGAUUUCCGGCGCAUGAAGUCUUCAAAAAACUUGGCAAUGCUGGAUUCCUUGGCGUCAACAAACCAACAGAAUAUGGUGGACUUGGAUUGGAUUACACUUACUCCAUGGCAGUGGCUGAAGAAUUGGGCAAUAUCAACUGUGGUGGUGUUCCCAUGGCGAUUGGUGUGCAGACUGACAUGGCAACUCCAGCAUUAACUAA